CUGUUAUAUUAAUAAGUGAUGCUGUUUUGCUAAUUUCCAUAAGUAUACACGAUAAAUUAAAAAUAAAAUAAUUUUUAAAUGAGACAGUAAACCUUUUCCAAAUUUUGACAUGGACAUUUGUAAUAAUAACAAAUAUCAGGUAAUAGAGCCUCAAUGAUGUGGCAUUACAUUGACGUGCAACCAUCACAUCUUUAAAAUCUCAUUGCAUACGAACAUUAAAGUGACAAUACGUACUUUUAUACUGGCAUGGCUCCAGAGCAAGGUACGAUUAUGUAGCGCGUACACCGGUAAAAACUUGCUACGACGAGUAUGAGGGUACUUUAUUUGUACUUACCGGUUCGAAGAUAUCUGGUUGACAAAAACGCUCUUCCAUUUGUAAUCUUCGUUUUUCUCUUCCCGCCGAUGUCGUGCGAAGAACAUGUCCUUCAUUGAUUGUCCAUCGAAAUAUGAGUUCACUUCGUUUCUUGUAAUUGCACUGAACUUUGACAUUAAUGGGCUAGACCUCGUACUUGCGCGUUAAGACAGAAUUUUUAGCCAAUUUAGUGGGUAAUAUCGACGUUCUGAUUAUCGCGCCGUUAUCGAAGUCUAUCCCCUUAAUCACCCAAUUCUUAAUUGUCACAUACACUGUCCACAAAUUAUUCAAGUUAUAAUAUCAGCGCAAGUCGAAGAUGUAUUCAGUAAAAAUGAAUAUAAUUUUGUCAUCCCGGUGAUAUAUUAUACCUCAACAACGAUUGACUACGAUACUGCCAAAUGUAAAAUAUCGAACUGAUCGAUUUGAAAUCGCAAUACGAUGGCCACACUAUAAAAACUUAAACUAAGUUAACAAUGCCAAAAUAUGAAUGUGUCCAAAGGAUUGUGGGAUGCUUAUUUCUUAUAUUAAUGAGAAAUGCAUGAAAUUUUAGAUUGAUCAAUAAAAGAUAGUCGUAGGCGCAAUUUCUCUUUUCGCCAUUGCUUACCGCAACUUUUCUGUACUUAGUUCUCCCUGGGGUAUGCAGUUACAUGUACACACGUACCCUAGGUACGUGCCUCAGUGGCUUGGCGACGAGAAACCAGUCUGUCGAUGAUUUUUGCGACGAUCAAGCUACUACUGUCUUCAAGGAAUCGACAGGGCCGUAUAUGUCUACACGUUCUACCUGUUUUGAUGGACAAUGACCCGAAACGUCUGAAUCUUAACCAACAAUCUGUUGUUUUUAAACAGUUUUCAAGCAAAUUCUCAUUUACCGAUUUUACAUUUUAUACUAGUGAGCAUAUCAUAUCUGUGGAUCAGUGAUAUAAACAAAUUUUUUAAUUCACGAGCAUAAUCAUAAUUUACGAAAGCUUUAAUGACCGAAUUUUUGUAUUUUCAAUCAGGUAUUUUGAAAUCGGCUGUUUAAAUGUUUAUACCUAAGCGGACAUUUGUUGUGGAAUCAUUUAUCUCUUCGUGGAUCGUCGGCGGUACUCGUACGCGUUCGUUGAGCCCUAGUGCGAACGCCGCCUGGCGACUUCGAACGGAAUCGCGACUCGUCUUUGACAAGGCGCGCGUAUUCUUGACUAGGCCAGCGUGGGAGUAAGGCUGUCCAGCGAGAGACGCCUGAGAAGGUGGUCGUACAAGCACCUUUCCACGUUAACCCCAAAUCUUUUCGCGUACGGGUAUCGCUUCCUACCGGACCAAUCGACUGACAAUGUACCUAGUUCGUCAAAUAUGAAGUGAUUUCGCGAGUGAAUUAAUACGCGUUCGAAUCAGUGAAAUCGUAGUGCCACGAGAAAUCGUAUUUUUCCCUUCAGUGUGGAACCGGCGUUGUUGCAAAACAAAUCACGGUGAAAACGGAACCGCGCGACGCGCGCGAACGUUCCGAGACGUACGCAAUCGGUGGUUUGAGGUGUUUCUUAGCUUCCACCUGUUACAUUCGGCAAGGCGAAGGAACUCGCAGAAGAGGGUAUCCUUGAUACGAUGUAGACUUUGAAUCGUCUCUUGUUGAACUGACGGACAAACAAAUUCCUGGUCGGUGGAAUUCGAAACCACCUGACACCCGUGAUAAAGGAGCGUGCUUACUAUUCGAUGACAAUCCGUUCCUGACGCGAUACUUGUUAAAUCACUGCCGCGUUUAUUGUCGUCGUCGACGGAUCAUUAAGCGGCAGCGUGAUCGAAUAUUUCGGAGUGAAAUACAGUGCGAUAUUAUUUCGAAUGUGUGGUGGCAGUGUGGUGGAUAUGCGUCGACCGGUAUUGUGAAGGUGUACGAGGAAUUCUUCCUGGAUUGAAAGGCCCUGGAUAAAAGAUGGGACCAGCCAAGAUCCUCGGGGUUCUCGUGCUGUUCAUGCUGGUGUACGUCGACAAGGCAGACGUCAUCGAGGAAAGAGUUUGUAUCGGAACCAAUGGCCGCCUCUCUGUUCCGUCUAACAAGCAACAUCACUUCCGGAAUCUUCGAGACCGGUACACCAACUGUACUUACGUCGAUGGCAACCUGGAGAUCACAUGGCUCCAGAACGAGACAUUCGACCUCAGCUUCCUCCAGUAUAUUAGGGAGGUCACCGGUUACGUGCUCAUCAGCCACGUGGACGUCAAGAAGAUCGUUCUGCCGAGGUUGCAGAUCAUACGCGGCAGGACACUGUUCAAACUCAACAUUCAUGAAGAGGAGUUCGCCCUGUUCGUCACCAUGUGUCAGAUGCAGAACCUGGAGAUGCCUGCCCUUAGAGAUAUCCUCAACGGAAGCGUGGGCAUGUACAACAACUACAACCUGUGCCACAUACGUACGAUCAACUGGGACGAAAUAAUCACGAGCCCUCGCGGUACGUACCUUUACGUGUACAAUUUCACGUCCCCGGAACGGGCCUGUCCACCGUGCGAUAAGAGCUGCGAGCAAGGAUGCUGGGGCGACGGGCCUGAGAACUGUCAGAAGUAUUCGAAGACGAACUGUUCGCCCCAAUGCUGGCAGGGCAGGUGCUUCGGGCCCAAUCCACGGGAGUGUUGCCAUCUUUUUUGCGCCGGUGGCUGCACGGGUCCGAAACAGAGCGACUGCAUCGCCUGUAAGAACUUUUUCGACGAUGGUGUGUGCACGCAGGAAUGUCCGCCCAUGCAAAAGUACAAUCCUACGACGUAUUCGUGGGAGGCUAAUCCAGAGGGGAAGUACGCGUACGGGGCAACCUGCGUGAGAAGAUGUCCCGAGCAUCUUCUAAAAGACAACGGGGCUUGCGUCAGAUCCUGUCCGCCGAAGAAAAAAGCGUUGAACGGCGAAUGCGUCCCCUGCGACGGGCCCUGUCCGAAGACCUGUAAAGGCGUGGAGAAAGUGCACUCCGGCAACAUCGACAGCUUCAACGACUGCACGAUCAUCGAGGGUUCGAUCACGAUCUUGGAUCAAAGCUUUCAAGGGUUCCAGCACGUCUAUCCGAAUUUCAGUUUCGGAAAACGAUACGAGAAAAUGCAUCCGGACAAAUUGGAAGUAUUCAGCACGCUGAAGGAGAUCACGGGGUUUCUGAAUAUUCAGGGUGACCACAAAGACUUCAAGAAUUUGUCGUACUUCCGGAAUUUGGAGGUGAUAGGCGGGAGAACGCUAACGGAAUACUUUGCCUCAUUAUACAUUGUUAAAACGUCGUUGGUCUCGUUCGGACUCAGUUCCCUGAAGAAGAUUUACUCUGGGUCGAUAGCCAUUUUGGAGAACAAGAAUUUGUGUUACGCGCAGAGUAUAAACUGGAGCAGAAUUAAAAAAUCGUCGGAGCACGAGAGCUUGUUGUCGAAUAAUCGGAACGAGAGCGAAUGCAUAAAAGAUGGACUGGUAUGCGACGAGCAAUGCUCCGACGAAGGUUGUUGGGGACCCGGCCCGGCGCAAUGUUUAUCCUGCAAGAACUUCAUUUUAGGGAACGACUGCCUCCAGGACUGCACCGCGCCAGGAAUUUAUCAGGCGGACGAGAAGACUUGCAAGUUGUGCCACGAGGAAUGCGACGGUACUUGUACGGGUCCAAACGCGGAGCAUUGCACUAAAUGCAAACACGCGCGGGACGGUCCGUUCUGCGUUCCAGAGUGUCCGUCCUCGAAGUAUAACGAUAACGGUCAAUGCAAAGAUUGUCACGAGAACUGCGUGGGUGGCUGCGAGGGACCUGAGAACAACAUCGGCCCUAAUGGAUGCCACAGCUGCGAUAAAGCGAUUAUGAACGACCAUGUACCUGAAGGAUGUCUGCAAAAAAGAGAAUCCUGUCCCGACGGACAUUAUUACGAGUGGGUAAGUCCUCAAGAGCAAGGAGCGCUGAAGCCUCUGGCGGGGAAGGCCGUUUGCCGCAAAUGUCACUCUCGCUGCAAGAAAUGUACGGGAUACGGUUUCCACGAGCACGUGUGCCAAGAGUGUACAAAAUACAAAAGGGGUGAACAGUGCGAAGAUGAGUGUCCCGCGGAUCACUUUGCAGACGCUGACACUCAAUUGUGUAUACCGUGCUUUAGCGAGUGCCGCGGCUGCUUCGGACCGGGUCCGAACAUGUGCUACAAAUGUCGAAACUACAAGAUCUCUAUUGAUGAAGAUACGGAUGGGAAUAAUACGUCCUUCAACUGCACGGAAACAUGUCCACCCGAGUACCCGCACAAAAUCUUCCCACCGGAUAGCGAGCCCUAUUGUUCGGUGCAAACAGUCGGCCUUGGAUACCAAAUAGAAAACGAACUUCAACCGACGAUCUUAGCGGGCGUCGCUGUGUUCUCUUUUCUCUUUCUCUUGGUGGCAGGAGUAAUUGUAUAUUUCUGGCGCGUGCGAGCAAAGGCAAAGGAGAACACGGUGAAGAUGACGAUGGCGCUGACAGGUUUAGACGACAAUGAGCCUCUUCGACCGACAGGCGUGAAACCGAAUUUAGCGAAGUUACGCAUUAUCAAGGAGGAAGAGAUGAGGAAGGGCGGAAUUUUGGGUUACGGAGCUUUCGGAAACGUUUACAAAGGUGUUUGGGUACCAGAAGGGGAGAACGUGAAAAUACCAGUAGCUAUAAAAGUUCUGCACGAUGGGACAGGAGCGAAUACGUCGAAGGAAUUCCUCGACGAGGCGUACAUCAUGGCCAGCGUGGAACAUCCGAACCUGCUUCAGUUACUGGCUGUUUGUAUGACGUCGCAAAUGAUGCUUGUAACCCAACUGAUGCCACUGGGUUGCCUGCUGGACUUUGUUCGACGAUUCAAGGACAAGAUUGGCUCGAAAGCCCUGUUAAAUUGGUGCACGCAAAUCGCCAGAGGAAUGUCUUAUUUGGAAGAGAGGAGAUUGGUUCAUCGUGAUCUCGCCGCCCGAAACGUUCUCGUUCAGACGCCUAAUUGCGUUAAAAUCACUGACUUUGGUUUAGCUAAACUUUUGGACAUAAACGAAGAACAGUACAAGGCAGCCGGUGGCAAAAUGCCUAUCAAAUGGCUAGCUCUGGAAUGCAUCCAACAUCGAGUAUUCACCCAUAAGUCAGAUGUUUGGGCCUUCGGAGUGACCAUAUGGGAGGUCCUUACGUACGGUGGUAGACCGUAUGAGAAUGUACCCGCUCGAAACGUACCAGAAUUGUUGGAGAAAGGCGAAAGAUUACCGCAGCCGACGAUCUGCACGAUCGACGUGUACAUGAUCAUGAUCAAAUGUUGGAUGUUGGACGCCGAGUCCAGGCCUAGCUUCAAAGAGCUGGCAGAAGACUUCGCGAAGAUGUCCAGAGAUCCUGGCCGAUAUCUUGCCAUUAAAGGCGACAAAUACAUGAGGCUACCUUCGUAUACAUUGCAGGACGAAAAAGAGAUGAUACGGAAUCUCGCGUCAGCCAUGGAUGGUCCGGAAGCUUUGGUAGACGCUGACGAGUAUCUUCAACCGAAAUCGAGAGCUCCACUUCCGCCGGGACUUUCAGCAUCGAGUACGUCCGGUUCUCCGCCAAACACGCCCGUGAAGACUUGCUGGCCGAACGGCAAACCUUUAGCCGCCGAUUCUCCAACGCCCCAGAAUCAACAGAACUGGGAUAGAGAACUGUUGAGGUACGGUGCAAAUCACAGAAACGGAAAUCCAUCGCAUGAACCAGGAAAUUCUGGUCAACAUGCGCAUUUCUCGCCUCCGAACGGCCAUUGCGGACAUGUCUUGGGAUCGGACACUACUGCGUCGAGAUACUGCUCGGACCCGUUGAAAAUGAUCGGUGUCAAAGACUGCGAUGUUACGGAUGAUUGUUUCGACGGCGAAAUGAAUUCCGCGCAUCAACAGGCUCAAGUGGGUAACUUGAAGUUGGACUUGCCAUUAGACGAAGAUGAUUAUUUGAUGCCAUCGCCGCAACUGCCGACGAAUACAACACAAUACAUGGAUCUCAUAGGGGACGCGAAACCUACAGAAAUGGAACCAAAACGAAUGAACAAUGGUUAUCGAAAAUAUCCUGAAUUCCUGACCAUUUCAGGAAAAACGUCGCUAGACAAUCCGGAGUAUAUAAUGUCACAGGACGAGGGACCAUUGACUCCGCAAACUUUGGGCAUUCCGACACCAGACCUGGAGAAAGUUUUAACGAACGGAACAUUCGGAUCCCAAGUCAGGCAGAGAAGUUCCGAGGAAGAAUCCGAUCACGAGUAUUACAAUGAUUUCGAUCGCUUGGAACGGGAACUGCAGCCGCUGAAGCCUCUUAGGAAAAACGAGACUACCGUUUGAUUUCGAGAUUACUAAAAGGAUACUAAACGAGAAAUGUGUUCUAUUGUGGUUCUAAAGUGGAUAUCGAACAGCCGGUACCGUACGAUCGUCUGCCGUUUGAGACUCAACAUCAAACGAGGGGAGCGAAUGAAUGAGCAUGAAUCAGCGCGGACGCGGUUCCGGCUCCUCGUACGGCUACGAAGGAACUUCACGCAGUGUACUUAUAAUUAUAGGACACUUCGCUCGAGAGUGCCGUGUUUGAUUGUGAUUAGACGUAAAAAAUAAAAAGCGCGCGGAACUGUGCUAACUUCCCGUCGACCUGACUAUCGAGAUGAGGAAAACGUGUCACAUCAUCAAGAACUCUUUCAUCGCGCGCUUAUGUACGAUGAACAAGUAGUGCAAAGAUAAUCUUAAUGUGCCAUUUACCGUGGCUUGUAAAUAAAGAAAGUACUGUCUACCAUUUUUAUAAGGCUAUUAAAAGAUUAAGGAACGACGUGCAGUAAAUGGCAUAAAUAAUCGAUUAAUUCUUUCCUGUCUCUAUCUCGACUUUUAAUACUGUCUCUUUGAAUAUUAUACUCGUCAUGUCCUUCUUUAUCUGUUAGAGAUUCUUUUUAUAGCCGUGUGUAGUACGAAAUUACAAAAAAUGAUUUAAAAGCGCAAAGGUGGAUCAUGUGACUUUCUAAAAAAAAUUUUUUUUACACAAAAUGAUUCGCAUCUCGCAUGAAUUCGGAUGUGACUCGUGAUGAAAUGUCAAAAAUUGCGCGUGCGGACAUUCAGAAAUUAUAAAAGAUCUAAGGAAAUUGAGACCACCUCGCACCUGCGAAACAUCUGUACGGUUCGCUGUUGACUGUGAUAAGAAACGUUCUACUCCUCCCGGAGGACAUGUAACAAGAAACAUCUCAAUCUCGCUUAUCGACUCCUCCUUACUUUCCUUUCUACAUAUCACAGUAAGCUACGACAGUACAACGAAUUGUCCUAAUUUACUGCCUGAAUAAAGAAUUUGCGAGUUGCAACGCGGGAAUCGGAAUCCGGGGAUUCAUCAAAGAAUUAAAAAGACAACGAAGAAAAGUUUGCUAGAAAAACGCUUGUCCCUUCCCGAGAUUCUCAUCUGGCGGCUCUACUUAAAUGUUCAACGAUUGCAACUAUUAUUUUCUUUAUGCCAUCGUCUUUUGUACGUAUGGGACCAAUGAAAUUGGCCUUGGCCAGAGCGGAGAGAAGCAUAGCUCGACUUUUAUUAAGUAAGAACGCGUCUAUUGUAUAUAGAUUAGUAGUUUAGCGCGUAAAACAAUUCUACGAAUGUAGAGAACGGAAAGUACUUGAGUAAACUAAGUAACCUGUGUCUCUGUUUUUCUUUUCGAGAAUAGACAUAAAAGCAGAAUAAAUGAAACGAAAUAACAUAAAUAAAACUGGGCGCAGCGCCGGUAUGCGAAUCAAUAUACGCGAUUAUGCUACAUUGCGUAAUCAUAGGAUUAGGAUGUGCCAUGUUGUUUACAGGGAAAGAAUGUGAGAAAAAAGCACCGAAAAUUCAUGUCUGAUCGAAGUUAAAAAAAAAUAAUAAUGGGAAACGAAUCCUAUGAGACAUUGUGUACAAUUAGAAGAAAAUCGUGCGCGAGCGUGCGGGAGAUUGACAUCAUCGUUUGUGGCGAUACGUUCUAAAUAUGUAAAAUCAUUAAUGAUGCUUCUGUGAUAAAGUGGGACCAAACUAGAAUAAACAAUUUAUUAACAUAACUUAAAACAUUUUCAGAUAACGGUAAAAUUGUAAAGAUUUUCAAUCUCACUGCACGCGUAACGCACGCUUUUUACUAUUAACAAUGAUAAACCGAUACGUAUUAUGUACAUUAUGUUGACACAUUGUAUGCGGACUAUUCUUGCUAAUUUGGCUGCAUCCAUUAUUUAAAUUACUAAUAUAGUAUAAAUUUUCAUUUGACCUCCUUUAGCUCCGUAACAUGAAUUGUUCCCUCCAUGACAUUAUAAAAAAAUAAUAUUUUAUUCUUAUCUGUGUUAAAAAUAAAGAAUUCCCCAGAACAGCUAAGUACUAAUAUUUACAUGACCCGCAUACAAUAUGUUAUGUUAUUAACGUUCACGUUAUUAUCGACUUCUCGCCUGUAAUAUAUUAUAUAAUGCAUCAAUGAUUUUUGCGCACCGGAAAUAACGUGUACGCGUACGUUUUCGAUAAUUUGUGAUGGAAAAAGAUGAGAAAGAAUGGAGAAACUAUGUUUUUCCAUAUUUCCUCUCCGACGCUUUUACAAUUUCGUAUAAAAUCAAUAGAUGCAUGUGCAUAAGUUUUUGAAAUUGUACAAUAUUCCGUUCGAUAGCCGAAAUAAAAUAGCUGCGAGAAACUGUAUUUGCCAUUCGGUUGUGGACAUAGAACUUAUAAAACUUUAUAUCAUUAUAUAUCGUAAAGAAAUUAUUGUAAUAAAGAAACAUCAUCAUUCUUA